CAAACAGUGUAGAAAAGUCUCCCUGUAGCAAGCAGGAAAUGAAAUCAUAAAUAAAAUAAUCCACCCAACCCAAUCAAAGUGUUCCAGUUUUCCUUGCCUCACCAAAUUUGCUUCACUUUAUUGCCCUCCACUUUUUAUCCCAUUCGUCUUCAUGUCACACGCCACAAACGAGGUAUAAAAGUUAACCUUAUCUGCCAAAGUCACGAAACCCUGAGUGAAUCCUUCAUUCUUCCGCACAAACCCCGAUUUCCCGACUUAUGCAAUACUUUGGGUUCGGGCGAUCCCCUUUCCCCACAACAAGUCGAAAAAUAUAUAUACACAUUCGUGUAUAUCCCACCAAUCUAACCAUCCUUCAUCACACAAUAAAAAAUGUGCUAGGCUUGAUGGUCGACCAAGUGGAGCUGGAACGGAACAAUGCUAAUAAGACUACCCGGUUUUCCAUUGUGUGCGAAAAUGGAAUAAAAUAUUAGUCUAAAACGAGAGGGAGAAAAGACCAAGCACCACCGGACGUUCAAUUCAUAGCUUAUUUAGCUCACCUUUCUCUCUCUCUUGGUCCUGCCUAUUUUAGAACAAACUUGCCACAACGUAGUGAUAAAAAUACCAACACUAACAUUUAAUAAUAAAGGAGAGAAUCGAUACGAAGAAGCAGCAACAACAAAAUGGACAAUUCAUCAUCAAAUCCAUUAAUGGACGGACAUGAACAUUGGACUUUCACCAACUGAGUGGAGUGUGACACAUCACACAUAGCAUCACGCUUCUUCCGUCAUUGGAUUCGGAUAAAGUUGACGUCGACAUUUGCCGGUGUUUUAAGCGUGCUUCCGGAGUCGAUUAAAUGUCAGUCUUCUAGUCCAUAUCGACUGUCAAAAUCUAUCAAAAUAUCAAUAACAGGAACCCAGAGCUUUCUGCACUGUUAGUUGCACUGUUAGUUGUCAGUAUAUGAGAUCAACUCAAUAGUGACACUCAAUCUAAAAUCGAUCCAUCCAGAGGUGGGGGAGAACGGUAGUGAAGAAUUAUUAUUGGUAUUGAUUGACCGAUUAAAUUGAAGGAGCCGAAACGAACUAUAUAAUAACGACUCGACUACAUACUACAUACUACUGCCCAGGCCUGCACUGGUUCCAAACACACAAUAAAAAAUGCAAUGACAGGACAGAAGAAGAGCACUUUAGUGAAGAAGGUAAUCAGAACAUUCUCCAAACAUGACGAAACUACUUCCUGUCCCACGUCGGUUUCGAUUUUGGGCAAUCAGAGAAAGCAGACGCAUUGCAUGGACUCUAUUCCUCUUGGUGUGUCUCGUAAUCUGUAUUGACAGCUUUGGAUUUGUCAAGUUCUAUUUCGAAAGAGACUUUGAGACAGAAUUCAACUACCCAUUAAAUGUUCCCAACUUUCCAGAGUUGGUGAAGAGCUUUGGGAAAGGGGAGCAAGUUAAUAUCCACCCAAUUAAUCAAAACUAUUCUAGAAUAAAGUUUUUAGACAAUGAAAACGCAAAGUGUGUCGAGGAAGACCCUAUCGGCCUAUUGAUCCUUGUAAAAUCAGCUCCAAACUAUUUUGACAAGAGGGCAGUGAUUAGAGCCACAUGGGGACAUCCAAGCUAUCUCCAAAAUAUUUCUCGUUCAAUAUCUCACACGUCUCCAUUGAUUUCAUGCCUCCAGCAAGGAGCUGGAAGAAACAAGAGAUCAUUCGAUCCUUUAAUAAAACCAGUGUUUCAAAUUAAAUUAGUGUUUCUAAUUGGUCAGCAGAAUCAUGAGUCUACCAGUGCUCGAAAUGUACUCCCAACCAUGACGACGACAACUACUCCCCUUCCUUCAGACAUUCUUCUUGCUCAGUUGGAUAACUCAAUCGAAUCUCAAUUAUUAAAAAACAAUAGAAAAGACAAAGCCCCAAGCCAAACAAUUGCAGCUUUGCUCCAACAUUCUCAAGCCAAAAAGAGACUUACAAAGGACGAAAGCAAUUUCAACAAAAUCUAUAAUUUUAGAGAAAGCUCGGUUGACGAUGAAAUACUCAAACAUAACGAUAUAGUUAGGGCUGAAUUUAUUGACUCGUAUAUUAAUAAUACUUUUAAAACAAUGAUGGGGAUUCGGUUUGCCGUUGAAAAGUGCUCGAACUUUCAAUUUGUUUUCCUUGUCGAUGAUGAUAUGCACAUCAAUAUAAAAAACUUGGUUCGAUACUUGGAAUAUCCGAGAGAAUAUCCAUUCGUCAACAACAAUGUUAAUUUCAACUCCAACGAAGAAGGGGUUCAUAAAAAAACUCAUUGUAAUACUCUAGCAGCCAACAACUUGUAUGCAGGAAAACUUUUAACAACAACCAGACCAGUUAGAUACAAAUUAGUUUCCAAGUGGUACUUAUCCCUGGAAGAGUGGAAAUACAACCUGUUUCCACCAUACUUGCCUGCCGCAGCAAUCCUAAUGUCAAAAUCUGUAGUGCAAGAUUUUUAUUUUGCAUCUUUUUACACUGAACAUUUUCGAUUUGAUGACGUCUACCUUGGAUUGUUGGCAUACAAAAUGAACAUUACUCCAACGAAUUCCAAUUAUUUCUAUGUUUGCCACAGCCCAAAUGGAAGAUGUCCUGAUUCUAAUGCGGACUCUGGUCAUACUGUUCUGACAGCCAAUUCUUACGAGGAUCCCAUGAAAUAUGUCAUAGCAAGACAUGGGCUUAACAGCGUGGAGGAACUCUAUUCAUUUUGGCAAGAACAAAAGACGAAUGGCAAUUUAGAUUUGUAACUAUUGUCCUGUAAUAGACGAUGAUGAGGCUGAUCAAUUAUGUAUUUAUUAUAAACUGUGAUAAGUAAGUUACCUGUGUAAUAUUACCCAUACCUCCAAUAGGGAUGCAAAUAUAUGUAAGCUAUACUUAAUUAGUAAAACCGUUAAUACUGCAUUAUGUUUAUGACUGAAAAAUAUGCAACAUAAAUACCAUCUGCACAACAAAUGGUGACUGACUAAUUUGUACAAUUAUUGUAUAUAAUGGAAAAGCUGUGACAAGGACUCUUGCCAGUGAUGAUUUCUGUGUCAAACUUUUUUAUAUGUACUUGCAGGCAUUUAAAUACGUUUUAAACUUUUAAGUGUAGGUAUUUAAAUCUCUAAUAGAACUACUACACAUAUUGGGAUUAUUUUUUCGUAAUCCCAGCUAAAGAAUAUAUGGAUUUGUUAAACAAGCAGUAUGCAUACAUUUUCCAAGUUCUUGUGUAUUGUGCUUCAUGUGAUUUUUGAGAAUAAUUAAAUAAAUCUAUUCUGCUUGGCUAUA